CCAAAGAUUGAGUUAGGUGAAAAGAAAAAUCGAAAAAUAGGCGCAUUUCGUAAACCAAAGAAAAAAAAUGACACAAUUUGACCUCCAACCUGAUAUCUUGUAGCGGUCGACCCGACGGGUGCGUGCGACUCGUUUUUCUCACUGGAUCAGGGUCAAAGUGGGUUGACCCGCGAGUCAACCCGUGGGUUGACAACCUUUAAUCGCACCGAUAUUUCGGUUAACCACCACCAAUUUGGGGCCAGAACUGCCAAUCAUGUCCGCCACUACUUGGGACUGUUGGUUAGCCAAAAUCAAGACCGAGUCGUGUCGGAUUAGUUGAUCGGUUAUACGUAACUGCUAAUUAUAUUUGCCAUCACCAACUUGAUUGGUUAGCAUCGAUGCACUGUCGGGUUUUCAGUUACUUACCGAAGACUGAUAGGUUAGCCUAAUCCCUCUAAAUCCCCAACCGACACUGAAGGCGCAUUUAAUAGCCGACCGACCAAUAUUCUUGGUUCAGUUGUGCGGUUAACCGACUAAUGACAAACGUUUAUCCCCAAUGCAUGGUUGUCACGCCGGCCGGCGUGCCACCGGUUGUACCGGGUUCAACCGGUACCGGUCAUAAAAUUGGCGUGACACCACCGGUAUGACCGACAUGAUCGAUAUACGAAUCUCUAAGUAAAAUGACCUUAUUUUAGAGAAUUUAAUUGAUAAAAAUUAUUUUAUUAUUAUUUUAUGAGUAUAAAAGUUAAAUAUUGAUGUUAUUUGUUGGAUUCAAAUAUAAAUGUUCAGGUAUUGACAUUAAAUGUCAUGAUUAAAUAUGAGUAUUUAUAAUUUUAUUUGUAAUAUUGACCGGCAUGAACCGGCACAAACCGGUAUGUGCCACCGGUUGAACCAUUCCACUUGCUAAACCGGCACACUGGCAUAAACCGGUUUGACAACCUUGCCCCAAUGCAAUCAAAAACGCGAUUCUACCUAGAAGCGUAAAAAUGGUAAAAUCGUAAAGCGUAGAAUUAAAGCGUAAAAACGCAAGUUUUUGAUGCAUGCUGUAAAAUAACUAAAAAUCUGUUAAGUACGACAUAUACCAUAUAAAAUAUGAGUGCACAUAAUUUAGUGAAGUUACUAAAUACCUGCAAUUCAUGCCUAAAGUAGAACAACUUAUAGCCUCUUAAUAAUAAGUUCAUAAACAUAAAUCUUAACAAUAAGCCACUGUCCCCUCUAUGCUAAUGAAUUUGGGAAGAGCCUAGCUGGUGAAUUAGAUUACUGUAUUGAAGUUGAGAAUGCAUCCAAGCACCUGGUAUGUACUUAUAGCCUCUUCAAAUUUCAUGAAAAUAAUACCUAUUUAGUGAACUAAAAGCGUAAAAACGUUAAGCGUUUUGGUGAACUAGAACCGUAAAAGCGUAAGCUUUUAAGGUUUAAAGCGUCAAUUUUGUCCGAUUUUAUACACUAAAGUUUUUAUAUAGAAACGAAAGUGUUUUGCUGACUUAAAAGCGUAAAAUCGCAAGUUUGUAAUUUUUGAAGCGCGAAUUUGACUGCAUUGGUCACCCCUACUACUAAAUAAUCUCAGUGAUCACAAAUAAAUAAAAAAUACUUAGUACCAAACUUGUAACAAUUUAAUAAACCGAUGAGCAAACUUGUAAUUUACCCACAAAAAAAUCAGAAGGAAGAGAAGGUAGUUCAGCUCAACCACCCUAACCUGGCGCGAGGGUUUACCAGCGGCAAGCGAUCUUGGACCACGGGCUGGUUGAUUUUGGAUCGUGAGGCAAUUGAAAAUUUCACGCCGGACGACCGGCGGUGAUCUGGCUAUCGGACGGCGGUUGGUGAGAAACCCGUUGCUUGGAGAAGUUUCCUUCUCUUUAUUCUCCCCCUUUUCUUCUCUUUGAGCAUUGGUUGUUGAUUAAUCGCUUUAGAUUCACGAAUUCCACAGAACGCCCGGAAGGCCGGAACUCUAUUCCAUUUCUUUCGUUUCAUUUGGUGUUCAGUGUUUACGCAGUAAUCGUGGUUCUAUCAUCAUAUCUAUCAGCUGCCCUGAUCCGGUAUAUGAGUUGAGGCAACUCGAGUCCAGUGAUGGCGGACUUACCAGGUUACGUGCGUUCUUGCUUGCAAACUGGUCACCUUGCUAUGCUAGCUAUUCUUGUUUCUGGGGGAAUUGUGCUCCAAGUCCUGGCGUGUGCUCUGUACAAUAAUUGGUGGCCGAUGCUAACUGUUGUGAUGUAUGUGAUUCUUCCAAUGCCAUUGCUGUUCUUUGCUGGCUCAGAAUCCAUCUUUCAAGAAUCUGAUAGCAGCUGGGUGAACGCAAGCAAGUUUUUCACAGGAGCAUCUACAGUAGGAAGCAUUGCCAUACCUGCAAUCUUGAAACAUGCUGGCAUUAUUGGGUGGGGAGCACUGGCAAUGGAACUUUCGUCAUUUUUCAUAUUUGUGAUAGCCAUAAUGUGUUACAUGAGCAUGUAUGAUGAAGAUGGUUAUAGUAGUAUGAUUUAACUUGAUUGGUGUGCAGAAAGUGCUGAUUCCAAGCCUGUUACGGCUCCAUCGUUCUUGUUAAGGUGUGGCUAUAAUAUUGUUUCUUCUGUUUUUUUUUCAGUUUGUGGAGUUAUACUAUUCUUUAUCCAUAACUUUGUAUCUAGGUUGGAAGUUGAAAGUUGUGUUACGAUGCCACAAGCCAGUCUCCUUCAUUUGGUUCUCAUUUACGCUAAAUCGUGAUUUUCUGUCGGUGACCUCCUGAUAUUGCAGAAGCGGCAGAAGUAGAAAAGGAUGGAGCAGAGUUACAAUAUAGUGAUUCAAGUUGCAUAAAUUGAGUCGUUUCAUAAACGAAUAUCCUAACUGGUAUAAUAAGCAUGCUCAUUUAUGAUAUUCUAUGGAUAUGAACAAUGCAGACAAAACGAUUCUAGUUAGAACUUAGAAGCGAAAAAUGGGUAAAAGCGUAAAACGUAAAAGCGAAAAUGAAUAUAAUCUUAUGAAAGAUAAUGUUAUGUUGGUGUUUGUAAUUGAUUAGAUACAACAGGAUGCUAGUCAAAAAGGCUGGUGGUUUCUUGAUUUAGGUUUGCAGCAACCACAUAAUAAGAAACAAGGACUGGUUUACUGUCAAGAACCAGUUGAUCUCAAUAACUCGAGUUGUUGGGAGAGGUUCAAUCAUGGAUCAUAUACCACAACACUAACAUGCCCCCUCAAACGAAAGCCACUCACAAGGGCUUGAAGUUUGCACAGGUCUGAACACAAGAAUACCAUGUGCUUAACAAAUGAGGGUCACCGGGAAUCGAAUACAAGACCUCUUGGUCACAUAAGGCUCUGAUAUCAUGUCAAGAACCAGUUAAUCCCAAUAACUCGAGUUGUUGGGAGAAGGUUCUGCUGGAUCUUAUACCACACUCUUACACGCCACCUCAAACGAAAGCCAACCCAUGGACUUGAAGUUUGCACAGGCCCACCGUACCUUGUGCUUUAAUCAAAGGUCAAUAUUGAGGGUCGUGGAGAUUCGAACACACGAUCACUUGGAAAUGACACAAAGGGAAGUACAAGACAGGAAAGGUACUAUACAGGUGAAACUAUACCUUCAGACUUGUCUGGUAUAAAAAACCCUGCUCAAAAUUUGGUCCUGCUACACGAAAAUUAAAAAGGGUCUGAAGUUCUUGAUCAAGAGAAACAUCUGCAAAGAGUUGCAUGAGUCCAAGGGGUUACUCGUGCAACUUCACAUGAAGACAAACCGUAUGUUUGUACUUCAUUGUGACUUGCUCGUAUUUGGUUCAAAGGAAUACAUUUAGUGUCUUCAAGACACGUAAAAUGAGCUAGAAACACUAAAUAUAUGCUAUAGCAUAUUUGUUCAUCUCAAUAACCAAUGACUUAUUGGUUUACAGAAGAAAAGAACGGUGAUUGUUCUACUAGAUAUAAAAUGAACUCCUAAUUUGUUUUCUACUUGUCUGGUUGGUAAACAAAAUAGGAAGCCAUUUUCAAUUAAAAGUUGAUAGAGGGCAAGCCACAUAAUUUUGGCUCAUUCAUGCAAACAUCUAUGUAUAUCUAGAUACUUCGAGGAACUAUCCAUUACCCUAGUCUAGUGCUACUGUGUAUAUCUAGAUACUUAGGGUUAUCGGAUGUGCUGAGUGAGCUCAUUUCCGGUGGCUUUCCUGGUUAUCCACACACCUCCGAGUACGCCUCCACUAAACUCAUAUAAAGUCACCUCGAUCUAGGAUACCGUAUCUGGGGCACUAAGGUCAUAGCUCCUUUCAAUGGAUACUAUCCACUGUCCACACCGAGGUUUUAUCUCAGGUUCUAUCUAGGAAGGCCAUCUAUAGCAGGGGUUCGGUCACCUCGACCACCAUAGGUCCCUAUUCAUACAUCUACCUCGAUUUGCUUGAUGGUGCAUACCCGUAUAACCCUAGAACUUCAUACCUAGCGUAGAAGCAUAAAGUAGGCUAAUAGAGAAGAUUAGGGCGACUUACCCAAACACAAUCAAAGAUAGAAUAACAA